AUGCUCAACAUUAGCCGUCUCGCUUUCCUCUUCGGAGCUGUUCUCCCCACGGCGCUCGCUGCUCCCGUAACAAAGCAGAGCGAUGUUAUUGAAGGCAAAUACAUCAUCACCCUAAAGCCGGAGGCCGAGGUCCAGAUCCAGGUCAAUUGGGUAAACGAUGUGCACAAGCGCAGCUUUGCCAAGCGUGACACUGCUGGUGUCGAGCACACAUACGACAUCAAGACCUUCAAAGGUUACGCCGGCGAGUUCGAUGAGAACACUCUGGCCGAGAUCAAGGCCAACCCCAAUGUUGCUGCAAUCGAGCCGGACCACCUUGUACAUCUCCCCUUCAAGGUGGAGCAGGUCUUCGACAAGCGUGCUCUCACAACGCAGACCGGCGCUACCUGGGGCCUUGGUGCUAUCUCUCAUAAUACCGGCUCUUCUACAAGCUACAUCUACGACUCUACCGCUGGACAGAACACCUACGCCUACGUUAUAGACAGUGGUAUCAUCACGAGCCACACCCAAUUCGGUGGCCGUGCUUCCCUCGGUUACAACGCCGUGAGCGGCGUUCAGCAUACUGAUACCCUCGGCCACGGAACCCACGUCGCCGGCACCAUUGGUGGAUCUACCUAUGGUGUAGCCAAGAAGACGAAUCUCAUUUCCGUCAAGGUAUUCGAUGGUAGAACUGGUUCGCAGUCCACUAUCCUCGCCGGUUUCGACUGGGCUGUAAACGACAUUGUCAGCAAGGGCCGCACCUCGAAGUCCGUCAUCAACAUGUCCCUUGGUGGUCAAGCCUCUACUGCAUGGACCAGCGCCAUCUCUGCCUCCUAUCAGCAAGGUGUGCUUUCCGUCGUAGCUGCCGGAAACGGUGACGAGGACGGCAACCCGCUCCCUGUCUCUGGCCAGUCGCCCGCCAACGCUCCCAACGCCAUCACCGUCUCUGCCGCCGACUCCUCAUUCCGCGUUGCGUCGUUCGCUAACUAUGGGGCGGGCGUCGACGUCUUCGCCCCUGGGGUCAGCGUUUUGUCUUCUUACAUUGGUGGCAACUCGGCGACUGCCAGCCUCAGCGGUACCUCUAUGGCUACUCCUCACACUGUUGGUCUUGCUCUUUACCUCAUUGCACUUGAGGGCUUGUCCACCCCGGCUGCUGUCACCAACCGUAUCAAGGCUCUUGCUGUGACUGGUAAGGUUACUGGAUCCCUGAACGGCAGCCCCAACGUAUUCAUCUACAACGGUAACGGUGCCUAG